AUCGUUGCAGUUCGCAUACCGCCUCGUCCAUGGCGGGGAAAGAUCAACAGCGACGAAUGACUGUACUUCGCUGCAUACGGAAAACGGGUAACAUUCUCUGACGAUUCGUUUCGCGCACAUUUUCUGGUGCCUUUCGCAAAUCCCAAGUGAGGUGGGUUCUUCCAAUUCGGUGUAAUCGAGGUGGUGCUUUUUACAAAGUAUUCUGCGUUGGGCAGUCUUGAAACCAUGAGUCAAAUGGUGAAACCGAUGCUACUUGUAACGAGUCUAUUCUUGGCUCUAGGCUGUGACGACAAUGAGCAACUCCUCAACCAGCCACGUGGACAUCCUUCCCCCUCACCAUUUCGUCGCCGCUCAUUCCGCCGCUCCUUCCGCCGCUCCUUCCGCCGUUUAUUCUGAAGACUUCGUUAGAGGUUAUUCGCGACGAGGAUACUUAGUUGCUGGAUAUUUCUCUCAAAAGUCCUAUUCGCGAUCAGGCAUUGCAUUCGCUUAGGAGGACCAAGCGGAUGCACGAGGAGCCGACCCGACAAGACGAGCCGAGUCACCGAUUUGUCAGCAAGCGAUAAGGACAUUAGGCGACGAGGCGAGCUGACGCGACGAUCAGGCGACAAGGAGUUGCGAAAGCGAUACAGCAGUAAAGCGAUAAGGUGUAACUAGGCGCGAGCUGACCGGGCGAUCAGGCAUUCACGCGACCAGGCGUGGAUUUUGUCAGAAAGGCGGGGGAGAGAGCGUCGGGUUCUGUUUUUGAGGCGCGUCAGGAAGAGAGCGUCGGAAUCAGGCCGCGGCUAAGGCCAGCCCGAGCCGAAGAAGAAGCCGAAGCCGAAUCCGAGGCCGUCGACGAAUCCGAUUCUACACAAGUGCGAAUAGGCUGGUUCGGAUUAGACCGCCGAAUUUCCUCGAUCUCCUCUUCCAAGUGACGAUUCGACUCGAAUACUCUUCCCUGACCGACACUCCUCGUCCAGACGAUUGUCCUGCGAGAUUCGCCUACAGCUCGCGAAAACUAGUAACAGAUUCCGCCGCUCGCUGAUGGCAGUCGCGUCUCGCCGCCAUCGCAACCUCGCCGUGGCCGCGGCUCUCGGCGCGUUCACUCUCGGCACGCUCUCCCUGCCGCUGCUGCUGCGCUCCCUGUACUCGGAGCCGCUGGUGGAGAGGGAGGGAGCAUUGAGCCCGCAGGCAGUGCAGAGGGGGCCAUACCUGAACGCGGGGAGCAAGGACAUUGGCAGAGACCCCACGCCGCUGCAGGCGUACAAGCAGAAAAAGGAGUCUGAGCUUGAGUAGAACUCUUGUGUACACGGCCCUGUAUAUUGCUCCAUAUAACACAACUACCGUACCAGAAUCGGAAACAAGGUGGACCGUAUAUCGUAGUAUGAU